GACGUGAUUACUGAGAGGGUGACUGUAUACCUCCGUAUACAGUUCAAGUCGACACUGACAACGACUUUUUAGAAUUGCGCAGCUGUCAUGAACUUUGUUUACUCAAAGCGUGAAAUUCUUUAAGUAACCGAGUGGGUCAUCAACCUCCUCUACAUAUGAAUUUCACUCAUCCCCCUGUGCUAAUAGUAGGAGCCGGGCCAGUGGGCCUGGUAGCAGCGUUGACGCUCCUCCAGAACGGCAUCCCAGUUCGCAUCAUAGAUAAAGACCCUAUCCCUCGCAUCGGACAACGCGGUUCCUUAUACUGGCCACGGUCCCUCGAACUCUUCAACUUCCUGAAUGUCCCGGAAGUCAACAAUCUGGGGAAUCCAGCUCUUCCCAUCCACACCUACAAGUCUGGGACGCUGGAGCCUCUCACAGAGCACCGGCCGUUCAAGACUAGUAUGGAACCUAACCCUGCGGUACCAUUUAACAACCUCAGGCUGAUGGGUCAACAACUCUUAGAUGCAAUUCUGAAAGGCCAUCUUGAGAAGUUCUCUUGCUCUGUCGAGAUGGGAACAGAAUUGUGCUCAUUUGAGCAGUCCGACGAGGGCGUCACGGCUGUUCUCGCGAAGAACGGCAUAUCAGAGACGUUCAAUACCAAGUGGAUGAUCGGUGCUGAUGGCGCUAAAGGAGUCGUGCGCAAGCAACUUGGGCUCACGUUUUUUGGCUCGACUAGAGACGGUGACCAAAUUCUGACCGGAGAUAUCCGUUUCAAGAGCGAUGGUUUUGAUAGAAUGCAUUUUCACCGGUUUGGAAACUUUGCUGAACGAGGCGUGUUGUUGCAGCCAGCAAAUGAAGUUGGAGAGGAUGGCUGGCAAUUUUUUAUCUUCGGCCCUGAUCUAGACAUGACGAAGCUCGCUCAGAGCGAGGAGCUUGUCUUCGAGGUCAUCACGUCCUUAAUACCAACAAAGAUCACAUUCAACAAGGUGGUUUGGAUGAGCCCAUUCCGGGCCAAUAUCCGGAUGGUGAAUAAAUUAAGCGAGGGUCGGGUCUUUGUUGCGGGCGAUGCUGCUCAUGUCCAUAGUCCCUUGGGUGGUCAGGGACUCAAUUCAGGUGUGCAAGAUGCUUUCAAUCUAGGAUGGAAACUUGCGCUCGUCGAAAAAGGACUUGCCGACAAGUCUCUUCUCGAGACAUACACCGCCGAGCGUUUGCCUGUCAUUUCUGAGUUGCUCGAGAUUACCACCUCGAUUCUCAACAAGGCAAUCGCAGGAGCCACGUCGCUCACUCAAAACAACAAACUUUUCAUGCUCGGCAUCAAUUGCCGAUUCAGCAACAUCGUCCUGGAUGAGUUUGUGCCUCCAGUCGAGGGCAGGCCUAUCAAUGCCUACGGGGUGCAUGACGAAGGGCAUCUGGAGGCUGGAGACAGGGCGCCUGAUGCACCCAAUAUGCUCCAGGUGGGGCGUGGAGAGUCUGAUGCGAUGACACUUUUUAGUCUGUACAAACCCUGGUACCACACGGUGCUUGUGUUCGCACCGAGUCUCGCUGAUGCUAGCCCGAUCUUGGGAGCACUGGAGGCAUGGGACAAAAGUGUCGUGCGAUCAGCAGUCGUUCUGCCAUCAUCGGCAUCAGCGAAGGAUUUCGCAGCUCCUGCGGAACUCGUUUUUGUUGACCAGGAGGACUAUGCUUAUUCGGCUUACCUCGUGGAAGCUGGCAAGACGAAGGUGUUUGUGAUUCGGCCAGACGGUGUGGUUGGGGCGAUCGUUCGUGGUGUAGAAGGCGUGAAAAAGUAUUUCUCGAAAAUAUUUGUGGACGCGUAGUAGCCCGGCUAUCCCCCUGUAAAUACUUACGAUAUAGUGUAUCACGUUGUAACUGGAUUGC